AUGGACUUGCAAGCAGUUGCUUCUACAAGAUUAGGACCAAAUAUUUUAGAGCAGGUCAGUCUGCAGUCAACACAAAUGCCUCAAGUUGUACCUCCAAACCAAUUGGCGAUUAAUUCAAACUGGGAAUUUGCUACCACAAGAUGUAGUGCUGGUACUACCUACGUUGGCUUCAGAAAAGGGUGGACCUUUUGGAAGUUAUGGGAAACAUUGGUUAUUAGCCUGGAUGGAAGUGGGACUGCCUCUAAAGGACAUCUGCUGAAAGACUUGUGGAUUUUUUGCCAUUGGUUGGCCACUAGAUAUAUUCUUAAGCCUUUGAGGAACUCUCCAACUUUUCUUUUUUACAAGGGUUUCUGCCCUCAACAGAGGCACCACCCUUUGGACCAAGUCAACCAUACCAGGGUGAUGAAGGGCUUUGUCCUUCUGGGCUUCCCAUCCCUUUCGCCCUCCUUCCAGCUGCUCCUAUGCUCCCUACUUUCCAUCUGCUAUGCCUUCACCUUGGUGGGGAACCUCUGCAUCGUGUGGGCUGUUCUCUUGGACUCUCGACUCAGCCGCCUGCCCAUGUAUAUCCUCCUGGGAAACUUUUCGGGUCUAGAGAUGUGCUACAUAACCACCACGGUACCCAAGAUGCUCUUCGAUUUGGCCUCUCCACUGCCGGGUGUCAUCUCUUUCCAUGGCUGUUUUCUCCAGUUCUAUUUUUUCUUUUCUAUGGGGACCACCGAAAGCUUCCUUCUUGCUGCAAUGGCCUUAGACCGAUACUUGGCCAUCUGCCACCCACUGAGAUACCCACUGCUGAUGUCUCAAAGGUUCUGCUGCAUCCUGGCUGCUUCCUGUUGGGCCUCUGGCUUUCUCUGGUUUCUGGCACCCAUCAUUUUGAUUUCCCAGCUCCAUUUCUGUGGCUCCAGCGUCCUCGAUCACUUUAUCUGUGACCCAGGGCCGUUGUUGGCUUCUUCAUGCACUCCAGCCCCAGGCACAGAACUGGCCUUCUACAGCCUCAGCUCCAUCGCUAUUUUUGGUCCCUUCCUCUUCAUUGUUUGCUCCUAUGCUACUCUCCUCUGGACAGUAAUGAGAUUGCCUUCAAGUACUGGGAGACGAAAGGCUUUUUCCACAUGUACCUCACAUAUGCUGGUGGUAAGCCUCUUCUAUGGCUCCAUCAUGGUCACUUAUGUAGCCCCCGGAGCUUCAGGAGGAAGCAACAAGGUGGUGACCCUUUUCUAUUCGGUGCUGACCCCCUUGCUCAAUCCACUCAUCUACAGCUUGAGGAACAAGGAGAUGAAAGAUGCUCUGAAAAGGACACUAUUCCCAGAAAAUUAG